AUGUAUAUCUCGACGAAAACCCUAGUGACGGUCCUGCUCGGUGUUGUGGCUGUGGCUGCGGAAAAGGGAGAUGGCGAGGGAAAUGGCAAUGGAAAGAGUGACAACGCGAAGGAAGGCAACAGACAGUCAUUGAAGGCGGGCAACUCCACCGAGGCGGUCUCCAGCGGUGGUGUGAGUGCUGCAGUUGAGCCCAACUCAGCGGCUGUUGGUGCUGCUACUGGACUGCAGGCUCUUCCUGGCAUUCAGACGAACGUCGGUGCUCUUCAACCACUUCCGGGACUGCAGACCGGCCAAGUUGGCCAGCUUCAGCCGUUACCUGGGCUUGCAACCGAUUCGGCUGCUGCCAGUGCUUCUAGCUCUGCUACGGCAACUUUUAACCUCGCAGACCUAACGUCGAUUGCGCAGGGGCUUGCAUCAUCAUCCACCAGUGCUUCUGGCUCUGCUACGGCGACUUUUAACCUCGCAGACCUGACGUCAAUUGCGCAGGGACUUGCAUCAUCAUCCACCAGUGUUGCUCUGACAUCUGAGACGGGGGCAGGAGUUGUUCUCGUGUCUUCCAGCACAAGUCUCUCGUCCCUGGCGCUGCUCACUUCGGCGGCGGCGGUUGCCCAGACCACAGCAGUUGCCAACGUAGGGAGCUUCAAUAUCAUCGGAUCCACACCAGCAGCGGCUGUGGUAGAGUCCUCGGCCUCGUCGACGACCCUGCAGAGCCUGGUUCCUCUUGGAGGUGCUGGCGUUGCGGCUCCUGCUGCGACUACCACGCCAACGUUCACUUUCGCCAACAGCUCGUCCGAGGCUGGAGUUGCCGGUGUGGCAGGUGUUGCGCCGCUUGGUACUGGUGUCGCCCAGGCAAGCAACGGUCUCGUCCCUCUCGGCUCCGCCAGCGCUGCGGGUACGGCGGGAACUCUACUACCUCUCCCUGGCACAGGCUCUUCAGGGGAAGCUGGAGCCGCAGGUAUUGGUGCGUCGCCAAACGAGUCUCUGCAGUCUCUCCCUGGCACUAUCGAGACCGCUUCGUCCCUCAUCCCUCUCCCGACCGAGGGCAGCAAUGGGUCAUCGGGCCUGGGCUCUUCUUCCGGUUCGAGUGCCAGCGGCAUCGGCGAGUCUCUGACGACGGCUACGAGCGUUAUUGGUGGCCAGACGACCGUCAUGACGAUGACGCUGCCCAGCAGCGCGGCACAGACUGGCAGUACGAUCCCCAGCGGAAGCAACGACACGUCAACACUGACCAACAACGCCGGUUCACAAUACGAUGGCUCUUUCUCCGUCAUUGCUGGGUCUGUUGCUAUGGGACUGUUUGCGAUGUUGAUGCUAUAA